AUGGCAUGCCAAGAUCUUGUUGUUGUUGUUACACUUGUUUUCAUGGUUGUUGUUGGGGCAUUUGCUGUCGAAUCAUCACCUUCACCAGUCCCUUCCAAGGUAUCUUCACCUUCGAAGUCACCAUCUCCUUCUUCUCCGGUUUCUUCCCCCAAUUCCCCCUCCAUUAAGUCAUCGUCACAAUCCUCUAAUGGCUUAUCUUUUUCACCAUCAAAAUCCCACGAAGGAGCACCCAAGUCAUCUCAUCCUGGUGCACCAAAGAGCUCUUCAAGCUCCUUUUCCCCUAAUCCUAGUCAAAGCGGCAACCCUAACGCCAACAAAGGAUACUCUUCUGAGGUUGAGUCUCCUGAAGUGGUCUCAUCCCCUCCUUCACCCACUGCCAAUAAUGAAGUUUCUUACUCCCCUACUCCUAGCCCUGAAAGCACGGGUGAUGUUGUUGAUAGUGAGACCCUUGCACCAGCACCCUCUAAUGCCAUUGAAAGAAAGGCCACCACUUGUAUUGUCGGUGUUGUAACUAUUGUCGGAUUCUUCCUCUUUUAA